AUUGCCUUAUUGUUAUGAUGCAUUUGACUAUCCUUACACAGAGUAUAUCAUUAAAAAAUGUUCAAUUGUUUGAUAAAAGACUAAUGCAAUCUAAAUUUAUUUCAAGCAUCUAUUUUUAUAUUUUCCAGUUCUUCUUAUAUAAGCUUUGCAGACAGAUUUAAUCAAUGUUUAUUUAAAGAGUAUAUUUGUAUAAUUAAAAGGAAAAUUAGAGAGAAAUGACAACAAUUGAUGAUAUAUCUAUGGUUGAAGACAAUGCUUGCCUUCCCAGUAAAAGGAAUCUCUGUGUUCCUCAACAGUUAUCAGAAGUAAAUGAAUUAUUAAAGUCAAUCAAUAGAAGACUGGAAGAUUGUGCUUUAGAAUGGCAAGCAGAGAUUUCUCGCAAACAAUGGAAAAUUUUUAAUUCUAAUGGCAUUGGAAUAACUUCAUCUGAACGAUCUCUAUUAGCAAGAACAUAUUUUACAGAGAAAAAUCUUGAUGAAGCUUUCCAACAUUUACUUUCUUGUAAUAAAAUCUUUUCAGAAUAUUUAAAAAAUUUUAUUGAUCUUUUACAAGAUGAAGUAUCUGUUUCAAAUGUCAAAGAAACAUGUGAUGUACAAAAUCAAUGUUUUAAUAAAAAAAAAAGUUGCAAAGUAUUGGAUAUUACUAAUGGAGGAUCAACACAACUUUCUCCACUUUUAAAUGGAGAAGAAAAAGUUCAAGAUUAUAUUGAUAAUAUAUUAACAGUCCAAAAUUCAUUUACUGAUGUGGUAAAAGCUAAAAUUAACUUUGAUACAAAAUUUUUGGGGUUUGAAGCUGUAUUACAUAAAGCUACAUCUACAUCAACUGAUGCAGUUUGCCUUUGUCAAUGUUGUUCUAGUAUUAUGCAAGCUACACAUGGUACACACAGAAAAUUAAGAAGUGUAACUCUUAAUCAAAGAAAUCGAACAGUUGCAAAACCUAAACGCCUAAUUAGGUCUAAAAGAACAUUAUCCAAAAAGAAAAAAAAAGAAAAAUCAUCCACAGUAGUUGAUAAAAUCAACGAUCAAUUACCAUUUGAAACACAUACAGGAAUCUGUUAAUACAAUUUUGUUAUAUUGUACUUAUUUCCAAUUGGUCAUUAAAUUUUUGUUAAUUUUUGUAGAUAUGAGGAAUUUAAACUAAACAGUAACAUAUACACAUAAAAAGAUAAUUUCUAUAAUUUACUAGAAGAAUUCAUUUAUUAUCUUUUACAUUAUUAGUACAUUUCAUUUUAAUGUUAAAAUUUUCCUAAAUGUAAUAAAAUGUAAUAUGUAAUGUAAUAAAACUAUUUCUAUUUUUGAAAGCUUUAUUAACUUUUAAUUAAACAAUUGGAAAAUUUAAACAUUGAAGUGAUUUGUAUCAAUUUUAUAUACUUCUUAUAACUUAUAGUUUUGUUUCUAUAUUAAAAAUAUAAUAUAAUAGUUUUAAUAGAUAUAUUAUAUUUAAUAAGCAAUUUACAAUACAACAAGGAUCUAUACACUUUUAUGCUUAAUUUUGUAAUAAUGAAUUAAUACUUUAUCAUUUGUUUUAAUAUUAAAAUAAUUACAAUAUACAUGAAUUCAGAAGAAGCAUUGAACUCCACUUUUUGCAACAAAUGCUGUUAAUAUUAUGUAAAUAUCAUUUUAUUAAACAUAUACAUGGGUAUUUAAAAUUCUAUUUUUUAAAUAUUCGCCAUAGUACGCCAUUAACUGCUAAUAUUGUUUUGUCUUAUUUAUAUACUAAUUUGGAAGAAAAUAUAUUGUAUAAAAAUGUUCUUGGUUUUACAUAUAUAUUACAUAAAAAUAUUACAAUAAUUUGCCAAAUAAGAUAUAUGACUUUAUAUAUUACAUUUUCCAAAUUUUGCAAGUUGAUACUUCAAACAACAUUUUUUUAAAAUUAACAAUUUAUAAAUAAAUGUUAAUAAGAGAUACUUAUAGAAGUUACAAACAUUUAUUGUUAAAAAUUUCUACCAAAUGAAUGAUUAAUUUUUAGUUAUAUUUAAUUAUAUUGAAAUAAACAGCAGCAGAAAUGUAUUAAUGAAUACAAUAAAGAUAUUUUAAUACAAGUUACACAUAAUUUUUAGAUAUUUUAUCUUGGAGUAAAUAUGUCUCUAUCCUACACUCAAGUAACAAAUAAAUCUAGAUUCUAGAUAGUAUACAAGUUUUACUAUUUUGGUAACAUUAAAAUUUUUUUAGUAAUUGUUAAAAGAAUAAAUUUUACAUUUGUAAAAAGAGAUUCAAAAUUAAUAGUAUUUAGUUUUUAGUAACUUACUGAAUAAAUAUAUCAGUUUAAAUUAGCCUAAUCAUUGUAAUGAACCAUUAUAAUGUCCUAUGUCUAUAACAGAUUCAAUAUUUCAUUAACAUUACAUUACGAUUUCUAUAAACAGCCAACUUGUAUCAAAUUUCUUCUUCCACUAAUAUUAUGAAUAUCCAUAAAAGGUUUCUUGUUCACUUGGCUCAUUAAAAUUGUACCACUACAGGGGAAUCUUAUGAGGAAAGACUUUCUUUAUUUGGUAUGUUUCUGUGACUGAGAAUUUAUUAGCUGUAUUGAACAUACAAAACAGAAUUAAUGAGUACUGACUCAUAUACUUAGAGUAAGAAAAUCCUUCCUAAUAAAAUUCUCCUUAAGUGGAAUGAUUAAUCUGAGUUUACCAUUUAUUUAAUCUGUAUCAUGCUGAUACAAGAGAAUAAUAUCAGCAUGAAAUUUUGACAUCUUAAGAUAAUAUUAAAAUUACUUUCAUGUUCCAGUUUGAUUUUUUUUACUACAUUCACUUCAAUCCAUUCAGUCACCACCGUUAUUUCAGUUGAGGCAAACAGAUCUCAUAAAUAUAUGAAUGAGUAAUAAUAUAAGUAAACCUUAAAUUUCUACAAAUGCAGUCAUUAAAUCAUAUAAGUAACUCAAAUAUAAGUAUAUGCUUUUAAUGCAAUGCCACAAGAUUUUUUAUUUCAUGUUUUCAAAUAUAUAAUUUAGUAGAGAUUUUUUAUAAUAUGCAUGUAUUAUUCAUUGAACUUAAACAAAAAAACGAAACCCUAUUCAUACUAUAGGGUAAAUUUGAUUAUAUAUAAUGGUAAUAAACGAUAUUACAAUCUUAUAAUAGAUAAAAAUACCAAAUAAUUAACAACAUUUUAAUUGACAAAAAACAUCAAUUAAUUUAUUUCGAUAAAACAUCUUACAAUGAAUAUUAAUAAUAACUAAUUUAUAAUCAAGCGUAUCAAUGACUGCAAUCCUUGUCACUUUUUCAAUUAUGACCUUUCUUUUACGAAAUCUCUCUAAUAUUUAUAUAAAGUAAAUAUAUAAUAUGCACCAUAUAUAUUAUGUACUACUAUUUAAAAAAGAACCUAAGAAAUACCUUAUUGAAGUAGUUUAUAUAUAUUCUUUCAAGUACUUUACUUUUAACAUAAACAAUUUAAAAGUUGUUGGUUAUUCAAAUCGAUUGAAACUACUUCAAAGAUUGAUUUUUAUGAGAUCUGUAAGCUA